GCGAGGCGCAUUAUGAGCUAUCCCACGCAGCACACCGAGCGGUGGCACCCCCUGCCUGUGUUCGACAGCGACGGGAGCCACUACCGGGGCGACGAGGCCUGCUGGUUCAGCCUGAUGUACACGCGCAUCCCGCGCGAGCCGCUCUCCUGCCGCAUGGCGAGCUACGUGGCCAAGAGGUACUGCCCCGACGCGCCCGUGGUGCCCGAUGGCAUCAUCUCGCACGGCGAGUUCGUGGAGCCCAGCACGGACGAGGAGUGGUGGAGGCGCGUGGCAUACUGGAGCCACGCGACGGAGAGCGCGCGGAACAAGUCGCGGCCCGAGCGGAAGUGCG